AUAAUAUUAUUAGAAAUAUUUAUAUAUUAUUUAUUUAUUAUUUACAUUAUAAUCAAAUCUUACGAAUUCACGAAUUUACGAUUAUAAAUUUUCAACUCCCAAGAUUAAAUUUGUAUACAUUUUUAUUUUUUUACUACCACUGUGAUUAAUUUGCCAUUAUAUCAUAUAUUAUGUUCUAGAAAUGGAUUUACAAAAUUUGGAGAAUUAUCCAGUAUACAUAUUAAAUGUGAUUCCGGAGGUCACUGAAGAAAGCAAUGUACAACAACCACAGCAAAUGACUUCUGGAGAACUGUUAUCCUACAACUUCUAUGUUCCAAACGUAGACCACCAAGUUCCAAUACUGAAUGCAGAAAGUGUGCCGCCGAUAGUUUCUCAUACUAAUACUACAAAGUCAAUCAAAAAAUUAACUUUUGACAAAACUAUACACCAUUCGGCAGUAAAAAAUAAUCAAUCUAUUGAGUCACACAUUAACACAAAUUCUGAAAAAUCUGAUUUAUCACGGUUAAUAAAAGAUGAAGAUAUACAUAAUGGUAAUAAUAAAAUAAUGAAAUAUGACCCAGCAACUGAUACUAAUGUAAUUAUUCAUUUGGUAAGGCCAACUGAUUUAGAACCAAAUUGUAAUGAAAUAAAGGUGCCAAAACGAGGACGACCGAGAAAAGUUAUCGGCGAAUUAAGUGAGAGUGAAACAAAACGUGAUGAAUCUUCAAUACAAAACAAAGCAGAAGAUAUUAUAGAGUACCCAUUAAUAUCUACUAAGUCUGGUCGCUUGUGUAAACCUCCAAAACACUUUUUAAAUGGUGAAAACGCAAUGGAAACUAAAAAGAACCAGUUUUUAGAGGUCGGCAAUAAUGACUUUAUUGGUAGAAAAAAAGUAAAAUACAGUGUUAAAUCAGAUUUUGUUUGUGGAGGAUGUGGUAAAACUUAUUUAGGCCAUAAACGAAUGCAAGAACAUUUUGAAAGGUUUCCUACUCAUAAGAUGAACACAGACGAAAAACAAGUGGAUUCUGAGUUACAAGAUAUUUUCCAAAACCUCAACGAAACGCCAAUAAAUAUUGAUGUAAUUUAUAGUAAAAAAGAAACUCAUACUCAAACAGAAGUCUUAAAAAAUCAACACUGUGCUUAUAUCAAGUCAAAAAAAAAUUUACAAUUUCAUUUGAAACAAAUAAUGAAACAUCUGAAAAAAACAAACCUUAUAAAAUCAUUGUCUGGAACAAUAUCUGUUUGGGAUUUAUUAUCCAGUAUACUUGAGAAUGAUGGUCUACAAGGAUUUACCAAAGAGCUAAAUACACUUAUCAUAAAUUUAAGAAAUUUAUCAAAAUCUUUAAAAUUUGUAUCAAAUUGUGAAUCUAAUUCUAUUGAUAACAGUCAAAUGUUCAUAGAUGAUUCAUUAGGACAGUUGUUUGGCUUACCAAAAGGCUCUUAUUGUUUAAAAGACAUUCAAAACAAUUAUGAAAUGCAGCAAGAAUCUAAUGUUUGGGCUAUAGACUCGACAAAAUCUAUUGAACCCGAAGUUUCUGUGUCGCAAAAUUUAAAUCGCCACUCUAGUCCUAUUCAUUUAAAUCUUUUUGAUAGUCAAUCAUCUAAGGUUGAUUUCUUACUUAGCUCUAGUAUGGAAGAAUCAAUAUUGUGUGAUGAAAAUCAAGCAGUCCUGGAAAGUGUAGAUGGUCUUGUAUCUGAAAGGUUACGUACAAUGUCUGAUCAUUUGCACUCUAAUGUACCUAUAAUUGAUUAUCCUAUUGCAUCCACAUCAUCUGCUUCUAACGUCUCUCAACCAGAUUCCUUUAUGGGUCAUGGGGUUUAUGAAGUUUUUACUAAUGAUUUAAACCUAGUUCCUACAUCUACUGAAGAGUUUAUAAAAAGCUUAGAACAGUUUGAACCUCUAAAUGACAGUGAUAAUGCAUUAAGUACAGAAACAAGAAUGCUGGACUUUGAAGAUCUUCAACAUACAUUUCACACUUCUUAAUGAUAAAAUAACAUUCAAUUUUCUUAUCUUUAAUUGCUAAGAGCAAAUUUAAUAUUUGUUGUUGUUUUUUUUUUUUUUGUUCUUUUUUAUAAAAUUAUGGAUUUGUGAUUAUUAAUUAUAAUUGUUAAAUAAUUCUAUACAGUAAGAAUACAUCAGUAAUCAUUAAGAGUAAAUACAGUUAUAUAUUCAUUAAAU